GGCCCAUUGCGAUGAAAACUACCAGUCGCUCGUCCAUGACCACGUUGGCAUGCAAAGGCCCUGCCUUCCACCCCAAGAAAAUAGCAAUGCGAUACAGUCCGUACUCUGCCAAGCGUCCGACCCUGCCCGACUACGUCGAGUACCUCGAAGACCAAGACAUGUACGACACCAUGGCAGCCCUCACAGACGUGGAGACCCCCACCACCUCAGCCGAGGGCGACUUUGACGAAGACCUCGUGCGACUUUCGCUCGACAACGACAUCGAGUUGGUCCCGGGCAUGAGCUUGGCCUGGAGCACUGAAGACAUUUCAAUCCUGCUCGCACUGUUUGACAAGGAGUGCUAGCUACAGCAGCUAGCCACUGGUGCAGUCGUCGUCGUAGCGAGUAGUCGUAUUUAUUGGUGUCACGCCCCCCUUAAUUUACCAAGCGUUUGCUUUCUCCCU